AUGUUAACCUCGGUCCCGCAACUCACCUCGCGCGCGAGGUCCCUCCAGACCCGGCAGUCCGCCGUCAGAAUCCUCGGCGCCUCCAAUGCCGUCCUCAUCCGGCACCGCCAACAACAGACCCGCGGCUUCCGCUUCGGCAUGUGGUCGUCGUACCUAGACCCUGACUACAACCGCGAGAUCCGCCGCCGGCACCGUAUGCUCAAGCACAAAUGUGCCGACACGCUCAACCGGCGCAUGUCGUGGGAGAAGCACCCCAUGGCUGAGGACGCGAGAGUCGCUCUGAAGCGCAUGGUUAACCACUACUGGACCUCACGCGACGCUCGUCCCGGCGGCCGCUUCGUCAACGUUGAAGGCUUCAAGUCAUAUACCCCGGAAAACAAGGCCGGUGUACGCCUGGGCCAGAACAUUGAAGAUGUUGAGCGGGGUGCGAUGGAACACCUAUUCUUCCGUAGCAAGCCUGGGAGGCAGGACUACGAGUACGAUUAUUGGUCGACCCCGUUCCAGAACAUCCGCAAAUACUGGGCCCAGCAGCACAGCUCACCUGCACCCAAGAAGGAGGUCUUCCGGACUACUUAUCGUAGUGAUGGCUUCCAGUCCUCGGAGUUGCACCGUGACUAUGUCAUCGAUCCGAUCACCAAUCGGAAGGUCGCAAAGCACCCUGCUCCAAAUGUGCCGAAGGAGGGCGCAGAGAGCCCAGCCAAGACAUUCAAGGAUUAUCGAUCCAAGUUCUCGUCUUCGGCUGCCUCGACUGCUCAGGAACAAGCCCCAAUCUUCUACGAUGGCCCUCCCCCAGCAGAGGAACUUCGGAGGUACCGCAACGUCAAGAUCGAUCACCGAUCAGAAGACAACGACGCGGCCAGUCAGCCGGUGAUCCAAAGCGAGGCUUACGUUCUCGAACAUUCUGCGGAGUCCACGGCUACGGGAUCCGAGGCCAGCACCUUCACUGGCUUUACGCACGGCGGUGUGUCCUGGCACAGCGAUGCAACUGUUGCUUCCCAGUCACUCAGUCCCAGUGCCAAGAACAGCAAGGAGGUAGAUACUCUCUUCCAAAGCUGGUCUGCGUCUGCCGAGACGCCCAAGUACAAUGACCUGCACAAGUACAGGCCCUUUGGUGAUACAGAAGUCGCUGCUGCCGAGAACACGGCACCCAAGUAUGAAGACCUUGGCGAGUACAAACCUGUCUUGGACGAGCCAGCUUCAGUAGAGGAGUCACAGCCACAAUACGAGGACCUCGACCAAUACAAACCUGUAAUGGUCAAGGAGACCGAAAUCACUGAGGAAGCUGAGCCCAAAUAUGAAGACCUAGACAAGUACACCCCAGUCAUGGUGGAAGAGACCUCUGUUGAGGAGUCAACACCACAAUACGAGGAUCUUGACAAGUACACACCUGUCAUGGUCAACGAGACAACAAUCGAGGAGUCAGAACAGCCGUAUGAGGACUUGGACAAGUACAAGCCAGUGAUGGUCAACGAGCCAGAUGGCAAGCCUAUCGGCUACAGGGAAACCGAGCCUGCGCCGCCAGAGCUCCACAAGUACGAGGCUGUCUGGUACAAUGAGCCCGAUGGAAAGCCUCUAGACUAUGCAGAGCCUGGAGUAGACGCCGCGGAGCUGAGCCAGUACACUGCUGUUAGGUAUAACGAGCCUGAUGGCAAGCCUCUCGGUAUCGAGGAGCAGAUCGUGGAUUCUGCUGAGCUCAGCAGAUAUGGAGCUGUGAUGUGGAAUGAGCCUGAUGGCCAACCCAUCACCUCUGAGAAGUAUAGCGAGACCCCCACGCAAUCUGAGAUCGGUCAAUACACUGCUGUCCGAUGGAACGAACCAGAUGGUAAGCCAGCUACUCCAGAGCAGGCAGUCGAGGAUACAGCGGAGCUUGGGAAAUACGAAGCAGUCGAGUACCAGGAGCCGGAUGGCAAGCCACUGUCACAGUCAUGUCCAGUCCAGGCCGCUCUUCAAGAGGUUGACGCCAAGAACGACUACAACGCACCGCAAUUCUUCGGUUCGCCAGCAUUGGACCAGGCAGAUGAAUCCAGCCAUGAGAUCAUGAAGAAAUUAAACAAAUUGUCCUUUGAUGCAACAGAAGCUGAGAAGGCAGAAGACCUAGACCUCCUCCGAGCAAGUGAUAUCCGCUCUGCCAGCUCAGCAAAGACUUUUGUACCGAAGAACGAGAAUCAAGAGGAGAAGACCCACUAUCGCAAAAUGCUGGAUUCACUCAUGUCUCGACACGAGAUCACAUCUGAUGCCGCAGAUCUUGAGGCUAUCUCUGCAAUCAAGUCGACCAAAGCAAGACUACAGGCGCAAGAGUCAAAGCGUUCCCUGACUGGCAAUUAUGUGCGCGAUUUCCCCGAAGAAUUCCAAAAGACCUGGGCCACAGUCCCCGAGUCAUUCGAGGCUGCAUCUUCCCUGAAGCUCGAGUCUGCGCUCGACAGACAAACAUCUUCAAAGUCUAAGAUGACGAGACGGGAGCGCCGGCAGGCUUCCACCGAUCCAUACUCGACAGAGCCACAGGGUCUGGAGACAUCAUACGCCGAAGAGUGCGACGGCAAGCCAACGUGGCCAACAUUUAUCAAGACAUAUGGCAGCGCCGAUGCCAGUGCUGAGCCCGCCAAGGUCGUCAUGGCCGAGGAUUCUGCUGAAAAAGCAGCGGCCGCGUCCCCUAAAAUCGUCGAAGAGGAGCUUGCUGAGUAUACGACCCUGGUUUAUAUCCCUUCCAUCAAACGAGUCGAGGUCAGUAAGAUGACUUGUAAGCCAAUUGACAUGACUCAAUACAAGGAUAAGCUGCUUCCGCCUACUGAGGCUCUCCUUCGACUAUCAAACUCGUCCGAAUAUAUCCCUUACUUGGCGAAGCUGCAGGCGGAGGGCUUCGAGAUCGAAUCUGGCCACGAAAAGGGCCUCCUCUUCCGAAAAGUUCGGCCCUCGCUCCCUCAAGCUGAAUUCCUCCCAACAUCUGCUUCCGCUGAGCCCGCGCGAGCAAACUAUACUCCUGUCAAUCCAAUCGACAUGACCGGCAGCCCACGACACAUUUCCAGCGCGAGCCCCAACUUCGGCACUCCUAACGGGUUUACCACGUUUGGCCCGGUUAGCGACCUGACCACACCGCAACAGGCUCGAUUCCAGUCAAACAUUGAGGUGCGUCGCACAGAGCCCGUCUUCAGCGGACCGAAGGACGAGUCGCGCUCCAAGGGGAAGAAGAGCGGCAUGGGCAAGAGGCUCAUCGUCGGCGCCACGUGGGUCGCAGGCGUCAGCUAUGCCCUGGGCGUCGUUGGCGAGUACUUCACAACUGGUGGUAUUGACGGAAAAGGGCCGACAGGCUUCUAA